ACAAUCAAAACAAAACAAAAACGGCUGUACGUUUUCUAAAUCCUUCUGCUAAACGAUAUCGCUUUCGUCUGCUUGUGUAGCUAAAGCCAAUCUUACUAGAAUGAUUUCAUUCAAGGUUUUACUAGUUUGCCAUUUCGCACUAGAGCUAUUAGUUGCCGGGUCGUUAUCUGAACAAGUUCAAAAUAGUUUGGAAUCCUCCAGUUCCCAUGACAAUGUUUCACAGCCAACGGAGGAAACUUCAGAUGAUAACUUAAUAAAAUCGCCACUUCUUAACAACCCUGUUGAUGGUUCAUCGACUGGAAAUGACUCUGUUACCAAUGAUACAAUGAUAUCUAAUGCCACUCAAAUAAAAAAAUUUACCUGUCUUCUAGAUGAAACACAGGAAAAUAAUCCAACAUUUCAGAUAGUCAAUGGUACUACACUGUUAUCUGUUCUAAAACAAAAUCAAAAUGUUACAUCUCGAACCCAACCAGCAGCAUGCCAUGUUGUUGUGUUUUUCACUUCAUGGUGCCCUUUCAGUGUACAGGCUGCCCCGCACUUAAAUGCCCUACCAAGAGGAUUUCCAAUGAUGUCUUUUUAUGCUAUUGAUGCCUAUUCCCAUAACAGCUUAACCACAAUGCAAGGAGUAAUGGCAAUUCCAAGUUUAUUCUUGUAUCACAAUGGUAAGGCCGCUGCAAGGUAUAACGAAACGGAAUACAAGGUAGAUUUGUUUGCCAGUUUUAUUACACGCUAUACAGGUAUACAGCCAAUAGGCGUUUUAAAUCGCACCACCGCUGAUUAUCAAGGUCCUUUGCCUACCAGUGUAAUAGAACAGACGGACCAAUGGCUCAUCCUUGCCUGGGUUGUGCUUUUCCUAUCGUUGGUUUAUUGGUUCACUAGGUCUAAUUUGUUUUGGACCUUAAUGGAGAAUAUCCGCAAUACGUGGAGAGAAGCAGAAGCACAACAUCAGCAUAUUGAUUAGCCCCAUUUUCAGAACGAUCUCAUUCGUAACAUAGAAGAAGCACCAAUAACAUGCGAUUGGAAAGGAAAAUAUGGCUUUUUCUUUUGGGCAGCGAUGGAUUUCUACUAAGUAAGGCAAGCAAAAAAGUGUAUUUUCAAUGCUGCACUUAUUCGGAAAACGUAAAAAGACUACGGUGAGCCAUUUUAAAGUUGUAUAAUUAUUCAGCUCGAACAAAUUUUGUCUCAUUAUUUCCUGCUUGUAGCGAGUCUGAAAAUUUGCAACGUCCAAGUUUGUUUUUUUUUUUUAUUUAUUUAUCUUGGGACAUUAAAGCCGCCAUAUUCAAAAAGGUUUCUGGACCUAUCGCCGAUUCUCAACCCGCGCUGCCCGGUUCACGAAGUUAUCCCUCGAUCGUCCCGAUUGGCUUUUUCCGGGGCAGGGCAGGGACCCCGAUUACAGCAAACCGGGGACGAUCCUUAGUUCUAAUCUCACAACCAAAAUUACAACACCUACGUUAUGUUCUUAUCCGUCGCUUUUUGCAGGGUAUUAACGCUGCACAGCUAAUUUUUAAAAUAAUAAAGCUAUUGCGAACCAGGCAAACGCGACAUCUAUGGGUGGUGAGAGUAGGAAUGGCCAACACAAAAUACCUUGAGCUCCCAUGAGAUAGCGGUGGCAAAACUAAAACAAAACCGAAUUCAACGCAAUGCCAUUUGACAUACUUUUUAUGGUCCGCCCUGUUCUCUGGUUUACCAUUUAGUUCAGCAAUUUGAGAAAGAUACCCAUCGUCAUCUAGUGAAACUCCAUUUCAUUCAGUUAUUCAGUAGACCGUUAUACAACCAACGGAUUAGUUCUCCAUCACUAAACCUAGUAAAUUAUUGCUGAUCUGUUUGGUCGUUUUCGGUAGUUAAAUGUAACAUUUUUUAUGAAUUGUGACCGCAAGCAAUUUAUGGCUUCGUUUUUGUUUUGUUUUUGUUUUUUCUCUCUUUAGUUUCGGGAACAGCGGGAGUGCGCAGCACCUCGCUUGAUUCAUUUUCUUAAAUUAUUUGUUAUUGUUUUGUUUUGUUUUUGCUGUUGUUAUCGUUUCUUUUCUGCUGUCCGCUGGCACAUUGGCAGUACAUUUAUAUAUACAUAUAAAUAUAUAGAUAUAUAUAUAAAUA